CAGGACUGCAACAAGCCAUCCAUCGACCCACAUGAAAUGAUUGGAGGGCAACAACCAAGUCCUGAUGACAUUAGGACCUCUUGUGUCAGAGGAACCACAUCAGGCCCGGAGCCCAGCAGUGAUGCUGGCCAUGCCGCACAACAACUCCUCCGGCGGUAGCCUCUACCUUCCCCCUUCCAACCACACCCCCGGGAAGCAGGAGCUGCAUAAUGCCACCGAUCCACAGAAUAAUCCCACGUACGCUGGCCUCACCAUGACUCUGGGCAUCCUGUUCAACGUGGUGGCGCUCAUCAUUCUCGCUAAGGCGUACAACCGCUUCCGCCGGCGAUCGAAGGCCACGUUCCUGCUCUUCGCCAGCUCCCUGGUGGCGACAGAUCUGGCGGGACACGUCAUCCUUGGAGCUCUGGUGCUGAGGAGAUACUCAGUGGGCCCUGUCUCCAGCUUUCAAGGUGGUGACAACAAUCCGGACGCAUCUUGUCUGUUUCAGGGAGGUUGCAUGGUGUUCUUCGGCCUGUGCUCGCUGUUCCUGGGCUGCGCCAUGGCCGCCGAGCGCUGCCUGGGUGUCACCAAGCCUUUGCUGCACGCUCGUCUGGUCACCACAGCGAGGACAAAAAUGGCGCUGACACUGAUCUGGCUGCUGGCUGUGUGCGUGGCCCUCCUGCCCUUCUUCGGGCUCGGCGCUUACACUUACCAGUACCCGUGGACGUGGUGCUUCAUCAAGGUGAUAGAGGACACCAAAGCGACAGACCUGGCCUUUGUGGCGCUCUUCUCUGGACUGGCCCUGACCUCCCUGGCCUCGGCCUUCGUGUGCAACACCAUCAGUGGAAUGACGCUGGUGAGAGCCCGGCUCAAGAAAAGCUCCUGCUCACACCGGCGCUCAGCCGGCUCCCACGACACUGAGAUGGUGGUCCAGCUGGUUGGCAUCAUGGUCACCUCCUGCAUCUGCUGGAGCCCUCUGCUGGUCUUUGGACUGAUGUCAGCCACAAAGUCCUACAGUGGCCUCCUGGGCGAUGACAGCGACACUUAUCGGGGUCUAAUGGUGAUAGGUGUCAGGAUGGCGACCUGCAACCAGAUCCUGGACCCGUGGGUCUACAUCCUGCUGCGACGCGCCAUCCUCCGGAAAAUCUACCGCAUCACCAAAAGACGGGCCAGUUUCAAGGGGAGCACGUUCCAUUCCGUGCGCUGGGAGCUCAGCUCCUUUCAGAACUCAGAGAAAAAAUGUGUUAGUAAGAUUUUAAUGGACAUAUAA